GUGUGUUUAGCUGUGUUGUGGAUUGGGGGAUAGAGCUGGUGUUGGCAAAGGAUGGCUGGGGGAAGAAGAAGAAAGCUGCUUUUCAGCAAGAUCUAUACCUUCUCAUGUGGGAAAGCAUCUCUCAGGGACGACCUCUCACAGAUUGGUGGACCAGGCUUCUCAAGGGUAAUCUUCUGCAACGACCCAGAAGGCUAUGAGGCAUCGAACCUCAAUUAUGGAGACAAUUAUGUGAGAACCACCAAGUAUACGCUUGCUACUUUCUUUCCCAAAUCCUUGUUUGAGCAGUUCAGGAGAGUUGCUAACAUAUACUUCAUCAUUGUUGGCUGCUUGUCCUUCACACCUCUUGCACCUUACUCAUCUGUCAGUACCAUUAUCCCUCUUAUUAUUGUGAUUGGGGUUAGCAUGGUUAAAGAAGCCAUCGAAGAUUGGAGGCGUACGAAGCAGGACAUUGAGGUAAACAAUCGAAAGGUUAAGGUGCGUCGUGUUGAUGGUAGUUUUGAUAAUACAGAGUGGAGGAACCUGAGAGCUGGAGAUAUAGUGAAGGUGGAGAAGGAUAAUUUCUUUCCUGCUGACCUUCUCUUGCUUUCAUCCAAUUAUGACGAUGCCAUUUGCUAUGUUGAGACCAUGAACCUUGAUGGGGAGACAAAUUUGAAACUGAAACAAGCACUGGAGGUGACUUCAGGUUUGCAUGAAGAGGUUAACUUUAGUGAUUUCAAGCCUGUUAUUAAAUGUGAAGACCCCAAUGCAAAUCUGUACAGUUUUGUUGGAACUAUGGAAUUUGGAGAGCAACAGUAUCCCCUUUCAUCUCAGCAACUUCUCCUUAGGGACUCAAAGCUCCGGAAUACAGACUACAUCUAUGGGGCUGUUGUUUUUACAGGCCAUGACACAAAAGUUAUGCAGAAUUCCAUGGAACCACCCUCUAAGAGAAGCAAAAUUGAAAGAAAGAUGGAUAUGCUUGUCUAUUUCUUGUUUUCUAUGUUGGUUUUGCUUUCUUUCAUUGGAUCUAUCUUUUUUGGGAUUGCAACUAGAGAUGAUCUUGAAAGUGGCCAGAUGAAAAGGUGGUAUCUUAGACCGGAUGAUACCACAAUUUUCUUUGAUCCCAAUAGAGCACCCAUUUCAGCAAUUUUUCAUUUCUUAACUGCCCUGAUGUUGUAUAGCUACUUUAUCCCCAUCUCCUUGUAUGUAUGCAUAGAGAUUGUCAAAGUUAUGCAGACCAUCUUCAUCAACCAAGAUCUGCUCAUGUACUAUGAGGAAGCUGAUAAGCCUGCUCAGGCUCGCACCUCAAAUUUGAACGAGGAACUUGGCCAAGUUGACACUAUACUUUCAGACAAGACAGGAACUCUGACGUGCAAUUCAAUGGAAUUCAUAAAGUGUUCGAUAGCUGGGACAGCUUAUGGUUAUGGGAUCACAGAAGUUGAAAGAGCUAUGGCUAAGAGAAAAGGAUCACCAUUGGUUCAUGAGGAGGUCCAUGUUGAGGAUUCUGCUAAUAAAAAACCUACUGUUAAAGGAUUCAAUUUUCAGGAUAAAAGGAUCAAGAAUGGAAAAUGGAUUGAUGAGCCAUGCUCAGAUGUCAUUCAAAAGUUCCUUCGCUUAAUGGCAAUCUGCCACACAGCCAUACCUGAAGUGGAUGAGGAUAGUGGGAAUAUCUUAUAUGAGGCAGAGUCCCCAGAUGAGGCAGCCUUUGUGAUUGCAGCAAGAGAACUUGGCUUUGAAUUUUACCAGAGGACACAAACAAGCAUUUCACUGAACGAGUUGGAUCCUGUGUCUAAAAAGCAAGUUCAAAGGACAUAUAAACUUCUGAAUAUCUUAGAGUUUAAUAGUACAAGGAAGCGGAUGUCUGUGAUAGUAAGGAAUGAGGAGGGACAGCUGUUAUUACUCUGUAAAGGUGCUGACAGCGUCAUGUUUGAAAGGCUUGCAAAGAAUGGGAGGGAGUUUGAAGUGCAGACUGAGGAGCAUGUGAAUGAGUAUGCUGAUGCAGGCUUGAGAACAUUGGUGCUUGCUUAUCGUGAACUCAGUGAGGAGGAAUACAGAGAGUUUAAUGAGGAAUUCACAGAGGCCAAGAACCUGGUCAGUGCAGAUCGGGAUGCAAGGAUUGAUGAAAUGGUAGAGAAGAUAGAGAAGGAUUUGAUUCUUCUUGGUGCUACUGCUGUGGAGGACAAAUUGCAACAUGGGGUUCCAGAGUGCAUUGACAAACUUGCGCAAGCCGGAAUUAAAAUAUGGGUUUUGACUGGAGAUAAGAUGGAGACUGCAAUUAAUAUUGGUUUUGCAUGUAGUCUGCUUAGACAAGGAAUGAAACAAAUUAUUAUUAACUUGGACACACCAGAAAUUAAAGCAGUGGAAAAAGAGGGAGACAAGUCUGAAAUUGCCAAGGCAUCGAAGGCUAGUAUUGUCCAUCAGAUAGAUAAAGGGAAGGCACAGCUCACUCCAUCAAGUGGAGGCUCAGAUGCAUUUUCUUUGAUCAUUGAUGGGAAAUCACUUGUAUAUGCUCUGGAGGAUGAUGUCAAGAACAAGUUUCUAGACUUGGCACUUGGCUGUGCAUCCGUUAUAUGCUGCCGCUCAUCACCAAAACAGAAAGCACUGGUUACAAGAUUGGUUAAAGUUGGAACUGGUACGACAACAUUAGCAAUUGGUGAUGGGGCCAAUGAUGUGGGAAUGCUUCAAGAAGCAGAUAUCGGAGUUGGCAUUAGUGGUGUCGAAGGGAUGCAGGCAGUCAUGUCAAGUGACUUUGCAAUUGCUCAGUUCGAAUAUCUGGAGCGUUUGCUACUUGUGCAUGGCCACUGGUGUUACAGAAGGAUCUCAUCAAUGAUAUGCUACUUCUUCUACAAGAACAUCAUGUUUGGUUUUACUCUCUUCUUAUUUGAGGCAUACGCAUCAUUCUCCGCACAAGCUGCGUACAAUGAUUGGAAUAUGUCAUUAUAUAAUGUCCUUUUCACGUCACUGCCAGUUAUUGCUCUGGGUGUGUUUGACCAGGAUGUCUCUGCCCGGUUUUGUCUCCAGUUCCCUCUAUUGUACCAAGAAGGUGUGCAGAAUGUCCUCUUCAGCUGGCUUCGAAUAUUGAGCUGGAUGUUCAAUGGGGUCUGUGGUGGCGUAAUCAUUUUCUUCUUCUGCACAAAUGCAUUGGAGCUCCAGGCCUUCCGGAAGGGAGGUGAGGUUGUUGAGUUGGAGAUCUUGGGGGCAACCAUGUACACCUGUGUUAUUUGGGUUGUGAAUUGCCAGAUGGCCAUCUCUGUCAGUUACUUUACCCUAAUACAACACAUCUUUGUCUGGGGUGGAAUCAUUGUUUGGUAUCUUUACCUUUUGGCCUAUGGUGCCAUGUCACCUACCGUUUCCACCACUGCCUACCAGGUCUUCAUUGAAGCCUGUGCUCCAGCUCCCUUCUACUGGCUUAUUACACUGUUUGUAGUUAUCUCCAGUCUUGUCCCCUACAUCACAUUCUCUGCCAUCCAGAUGCGAUUUUUUCCCAUGUAUCAUGGGAUGAUACAAUGGAUAAGAAAUGAUGGGCAAUCUGAAGAUCCUGAAUACUGCAACACGGUGCGGCAGAGAUCAAUUCGACCCACAACAGUAGGUUUCACAGCACGGAGAGAAGCUAAAGCUAGACAUUUGAGAGAGAAGCGUCGUCACAGGACAUAAUUACAAUUUUGGAUGGGUUAUAGUUGAAUGGAUGUCAGGCAAGGUAACUUAUUGGAAGGCCAAGCUGCCUAAAAUCAUUUAGUGAAUGAGAGCAUUCACAUUCUUCCACUUGACUCUUAAGGUUGCCUUCCUAAUACCAGUGUCAGGAUAACUACUGCUGCCAUUUUCUUCAACUGGUCACAGAUACAGAAUCUUUGUAUACUAUUCAUUGGACGGGCAGAGGAAGCCCAAAAGCUGUAAAUUUUGAUUCUUGGCUGUCUCAGGCCAUUCAUCCGCUCCCCCCACAAAAUUUCGACCUUCCAUCUUGUAUUAUUGCCAAAUUGUAUGUAAUACUGUACAGAAAUUCAUUUCAGUUUUGAUAGAUUUUCUUUC